UCAUUUUUCGAGAAUUAAGUAUACUCUUGUAUAUUGACAUUACUUUUUCUUGUUUGGAAGUGAUAAGUAAUUUAAUAAUUUCCGGGAACUUCAUUGUUGGUGCUUGUUAUAGGUCAUUUAUAAUAAAUUAACUUCAGCAGUUAAUGGUCGUCUGUCACUAAUAUCUACUAGUGCUACUACUGUUGCGGUUAAUAUGGUAUCGUUGUUUGUUGUCCGUCAAUGGCAGCGAAUGAAUGGGUGGUGGAAGCUGAUGGGAGUAAAGCACAGUUUAAAAAGAGUAUUUCAUUAACACCUCUACCCUUCUUAAACAUUUUGGUUUGGAAAGUGUCUUUAGCAGUGACAUGACACUGUUCUGUGGAAAUGUCUUUCAUUCUGUAUUUGUGACUUAAAAAAUGUGAAGAAUAAGGAUCUGAUAAUAUGGCUUCAGAAUUGGGAUUGUACGAAAUGUUAUAUUAUUCCCACUUCCAUUUAAAAUAAUAAGCAUGUAGCAGAGAAGAAACUUGAGAUGAGGUUAAAGUUAUGAGUGAUUCAGAUGACACAGAUGUGUUACUUCUAAUUCCACCAGACUUUUUCUUAGUUUAUACUUCUGAUUCAGAGGACUCCAUUGGUCCAGAAGUUUGGAAGGGAUACAAUGAAAGCCAUGAAUUUGAGAAACUAGUUGUUAAUGACCUUAUUUCUCAGGUAAAUGAGUUAGAGACUCGUAUCAGUAUAAUAGAAAACAAGAGUAGUGUAGACUUGCCAGAAAGUGCAUGGGAAACAAGUUGCCUGGAUCAGGUAUUUGAUUGUGCAACAUAUCAAAAUUUGAAUGCAUACCACUAUUUAAGGCACAAGGAUCUAACAUUAAUGUCUCAAUCAAUGUCGUCAACUCAACACAGAUUUGGUGGAAGUUACGAUAAUCUGAGGGUACCUCGGGCAGUAAACUGUGGUAUCAAUAGUUUGCACAGCACUCCUGUGAAACAAAAGCAGGCCUUUUCUCUUCCAUCGACACCUAGUAUUGACUCAAAUGAAUCUCAUUUCCCUUCAAACUCAACUCAAGAUAGAGGUAGCACAUCUCCUGAGAAAAGUGCAAUAAUAAUUGAACCUGUUACUCCAAAUGAAAUAAUCAAUAUGUCUCAUUCAGUGGUGGGCAGUAUUGUCCCAUCAAGUAGAGCCACUGUCAUUGGUGUAAUGCAGGGCCCCAGUAAUAAUAGCAAACAAAAUAAGUUACGUCAGGACUACACAUUAAUUGGAGAGAUUGACCAAUUUUUGGACAGCAUAAAGAAAUCCUCCAAAGUUCCAGCUGAGAUUAGUGUGAGUGACUGUAACAAAAAGGAAAAUAUUUAUAAAUGUGGAGAGAAUUCAGCUUCUAUUCCAGACCAAGGUUUUGGGCUUGCUGAUUUUAAUAACUUGCCUGUAAGAGAAGAACUUAUAAAAUCAAAGUACAUUGCUCCAUUGGAAAAUGAAGGAACAGCAUCUGUCAAACAGGCAGAUGAUGAAGUUCUCAAAGAGGCUAAAAAUGGUGUGAAGGAUACAAAACACCCUAAUCCUAAACCAGCACAUGAGCAACUGUACCAGCAAAAGAAGGGGUACACUUGUGGUGAUACUGUUACCUCUGUGCCAGAUCUAGGCUUUGGACUCAGAUCAUUUAACAGCCUGCCUGUUAGGGAAGAGGAAGUAAAACGAAAAACUGUAUUGCCUUUGGAAGCUCACCAGUUGGAUAUAGAAAUGGGAGGUUUGGAAUUAUCAGAUAUUGGGAAACUUCUGAAACAAAUGGAGGCUACAGAACAUGAAAUAGAGAAGAAACUUCAGCUUAGGGAAUCUUCAAUUGAAAAACAUAGCACUCUUUCAGAAAAGGAUUGUGUUCCACCUCCACAGAAUAUGUCUUUUGGUGGAGAUACCAUUAGUUCAGUGCCUGACAGCGGGUUUGGAGUAAGGGAUGUCUUGAAUUCACCAAGACCUGUUCCAUCUUAUAAUGCAGUAACUUCAACGAAUGGAGCAAAAGUUCCUGUACAAGAAGAACUUGUUCCAAGGAGAAAUAUUAGUCUCCUUGGGACUGAAGUAACUGCUGAUAAAACACAGGGUUCUCAAGUGCAUAGCAGUAUUGAACCACUCACAGACGAGCAAAACAUUCACAUGUCUAAUGUGGAAACUGUCAAAAAAACUGAAGGUGCUCCACAUAUAGUUUCCAAUUCUUUAGAUGAACGGGAAGACAUGAAAAAAGUAGCUGUUGCAAGACGUAAACUGGAAUUAAGCAAUGAUGCUUCUACCAUCCCAGACUGCAAUUUUGGUUUGAAAAGUUGGUAUGCUGCAAAGAAUAAAGAUGGAUAUUCUGAAUCUCCUUUACAUUCUUCUCACAAUGUUCCACAUUAUGUUCAUGAUAGUGUAAUUCCUUCACAUCCAAGUGGUGCAAGAAUAACCUCAUCUUCCACUGAUAAAGGUAAUGAUGUACAAGGUUAUUAUUUACCAUCUGUACCAGAUUUAGGGUUUGGUUUACAAAAGCUGUGGACCAAUGAUGCUUUGUCACAGGGAUUGGGAAAAAAUGUGACAACCUUCAGUCCCAAACAUAAUACAUCAGCCCAGUCCCAAAUCCGUCAUAUUCAUGCAAAUGAUGAUAUCACUGCUGUUGAAUACUCUUUGUUAUCAAAACCACAUGUGACUGCCAAUGAGACUGGUGAUCAACGUUUGUGGUAUGAGGGAAGCAACGUCGUCGUUCAAGGUCAGAGAAAUUCAGUGGCUGCGGGAGGCACAGGAUCUACUGUAACAGACACAACAGCAAAGAAGAAAGUAGAUUUCAAUGUUGGAAGUCAUCAGAGGGAUGUCGCCAUUAUGCAGCAGGAACAAGGAUCGGAAGGUUUAAGAAACAAAACAGACGCAGGGAAUACCUUUAUUGACAGUGGUGUCAAUGGCAUGACAGCUUCUGUGAGUUCUGGUACAUCCAAUCUUUUAAGUUUGUCAGAACUAUGGGGUAAAGAUGGAUCAUCAUUUGCCUCCCACAUUGGGAAUGAACAUACUAACAUUGGGCUGAGAUUGGAAGAGGAGAAAUACAGGAGACAGCUCUGUGAAAGACUGAUACAGCAAUUGCAGGCUCGUCUUCUGGAAGAACAGCAAAAGCUUGCUGUAGCAGUACAGGUGGACAGAGGCAAGGAUCAAGCAAUUUUGCAGUUACAGCAUGCAUGGAAACGUCUUGUUCAUCACUGGAUAGAGCUGGAGGAGCAGCGACAUAAUUUAGCCAGCAGACUACAGAAUGAAAGAGAAGAACAUCAGAGAAAAGAAUCUGAAAUGGCACAGAAGCUGAAACAACUUGAGUCUGAACUAUCUAAGGCUUUAGAUCUUGCCCAUGGUUACAAAAAAAAACUUGACAUUGUUGAGACUGAGAAACUAGAAUUGAUAGAACAUCAUAAUAGCGACAUCAAGGGAAUGAAUGACAGGAUUCAAGAAGAAAAACAGAAACUCGACAAGGCUAUCCAGUUUAAGUGCCAAAUAGUUCAAGAGAAAGAUGAUUUGCUGGAAAAAGUGAAGCAAGCAGAAGAAAAAGUGGAAAAGGAAAGGAAACUGCUAAUUGAUGCUCAGAGAGAGGUGCAAGACACACAUAAGAAGCUUUAUUCACUUGAAGCAGAAUUAUCAGCUCUGAAGGAAGAAAAAGAAACACUUCAGUUAAAACUGAAAGAAGAAAAGGGAAGAAUUAGCAUCCUUGAUCAACAGAAGAAGUCUUUACAGGCAACACUAGAUGAAUAUAAAAAGAAAGAGAAAUCUCUUCAAGAAGAAAUGAGACAGUUGACAGGUCAAUUAGAAAAAAUUAAGGUUGAGUUAAGGGAAUACUACCAAGAACAACUGGAAAUUGUGGUACGUGACAAACUGCGAGAAUUUCAGGAGCAGUUGGAUGCUGCAGAGACCUCUUUACAUAAGGAACUGGAACAGCGAGAACAUGCACUCAAUGAAAUGGCUUCCAAACAAGUAAAAGAGAUAUCAGAAAAACACCAACUGGAAAUGAAGUUACUAGAAGAGAAACAUAUGGAAGAACUUCAGUUGUACAAACUCCAGCUAGCACAAACAGUGCAACAGGCUUCUCACCUUGAAGCCAAAUUACAGGGAUAUAAUUCUAGGAAAAGUGAAAUGGUUGAAAAGUUACACAGUGUCAUGGAGACACAGUGGCAAGAAGCAUUGCGUAUUGUCAGUGGAAACAAUCCGUUAGUUAACUGUGGGGCAGAAUAUGUGCGACUACAGAGAAAAGAAAAUUUCUCAGUGACAGACACUAGCACCUGGCCCUGUGUAACACAUAGUCAGUCUACUGCUUUAGAUAAUGGACCAUUUUCCACCUUGAAAAAUCACAGCAAUGAUGAGCAUCAUACCAGAAAGACUGGUACUGCCUCAGGAACAAAUGAUGAAACACAUUCAAAGAGCAGUAAGAUGGUAGUGGACACUCCACAUGAAUACAGAGAUUUUACGGGUAUGUCACAGCCUUGUGUAACCCCUGUUCACCUUCAGCAGAAUAUUGGUUCAUUAACAGCUGAUGAGAUACCAUUCAGUCGAGAUGGACUGCUUACUUAUAGAAAGGCAGAACAACUUAUGUCAUUACAAGGAACUCCCCUAAGCAAAGAAUGUUUGAAAACAAAUCAGCAGGAUGAACUCAAAAGAUACAUAAUGAUGUUACUGGACAGAUCUCCAGGUAAUCCAGUAGAUGAAGGAGCUCUGUCUACUGAUCAUAGACCAGACGUUCAUAAAGAGAAAGAGGUGAAGCAGAAUGGGUGUAGUCAAGGUGAUAAAAGAUGUCAGCAUGUAGAUAUACCUACAAAUGAGGCAAGUCAACAUCCAAAAUGGGAGAAAGUUUCACAUGAUACACAUCUCAGCCUUGCAGGAGGCCAGCAUGAAAGCAUUCAGUCCAUUCCAUCUUACUAUUUGUCUAAGGCGGGACAUGGCUCAGCCAGAGAUGUCAGGCAUGUGAAACCACCAUGGAAAUGAAGAAGUGCACUAAGGGUCUACAUAACUUGGAAAGGGUCAACUCUUGAAAUCAAGAAAGAAGCAUAAAGCUAAGCUUAACCUCCAUUGUUACAUUAGUAUGUGACAGAGUGGUUCCUCAGCGCUAAAUUACAUUCUGUGGUCUUAUUGUUCAUCAUCCCAUCAUCAGUCAAGGAACCAUUUAUAAAUUGGCAGAUCUAUAUCCAUUAUUACUAUAAAAGGAAUUGACAUCCAUAUGUAUUUACUCAAGGGCUUCUGAAAUGUUUUCUUUCACUCAGAAAUCAUUUGAGUUUCAUCGACAUGUGAUAUGUUUGCAGACUGAAACAACAGAUUAGUUUAUUACAGUACUUAUUUUAAGAAUAGUCUGUGGCCUAAACAUGAAGUAGUAUAUCAAACUAAUCCUUAAGUGUCAUUAAAAGAAAAGUACUGAAUAAAUGUGAUCAAUAAUAAUAAAACCUGAAUAAAGUAAUAUUUGACAAAUCAGGGAUAACUGCUCAGAUAGAAGUGAAGAUUACUGAAGCAGAGAGGAUAAAAUAAAAAUGUUACUCUCUGUCAUCAAAUUCAUUAAUCAAGAUCUCUUCCUACAGGGAAAUUAUUAGUCUUUUACUUUUCACUCAACUUGAGGCAUGUCUAAUAAAAUCUGUAAUACUUUCAAAUUCA